AUGUACAAUUUUAGCGAGAAAAAUAAACUCUAUAGUUGCCGUGAUGCACAUUUGCCUGGAUAUAGUACACGUGUAGCUUCAGACGGUCCUUCUAAAAAGGCAACUCGAGGCAGAUUAGCCACCAGAAUUCGGCUUCCCAGUGCCCAUUUGCUGUUGGCUAGCGGUUGGAGGUCUGCUCGACAUCGUCCGGUUGUCCUAUCACCUCUGCAGCUGCAGCAGCACGUCAGUCUGAAUGGCCUUCCAAGGCUAAUGCAUGUUUUGCUUGAGGUUCCCAGCUACUUCGUUGAGCCCAUGUAUGAGACUAAGAUACGACAAACAGGCAAUGUGAAAGUCAGUUUACACGAAUACCAACGUCGUCGAAUGAGCCAUUGUUUUGUUAGUCUUUCACGAACUCUUGGCUUCAGAUCAUUCGAUCUCAUCACCGAAGUGCUAACCGACAUCAGCAAGAAACGCGCGAUCCUUCUUUGUCACGAGCAUCAAGGUCCGCCUCAACGGUCGACAUCCGGAGCCUAUACGCCGACCAUAUCUACUACAGGUUGGAUCGAUGACCUCCAAAGGCUGCUAGCGAGCCUAACUCCACGUUGCUGGGCCGACCCGAGCACAUAUACUCGUCGACUUAAGUAA